GUACCAGAUGGUGGCUACGGCUGGUUCAUUGUGUUGGGCUGUUUCCUCGCACAUGUUAUCAUUGGUAAGUCUCCUCAGGUUUUUUAUAAUAAACUGCUACUACUUCACAUGAGCCAAUUACGUAUUUAACGUAGCAGAUGUUGGGUGGAGGUGUUGUUAUAUAAAAUGAAGACAGGAACAGACAAGACAAAGGUGGGCAGUGCCAUGGCCUUGAAAUUAUCAAGCUGGAGCCUGAUUUGUCAAAUUCAGGUCCAAAACAUAUUUGCAUACAAUAUUCUGGCUUGGAACAAAAUGGGAAUUGUGUCUGAAUUAUUUUCAGUAAUAUCUCUGUCCCAGAAUAUAGAAUUUAUCCAAGGGAGUUUUCGGAAUUAUUUAUAAUAUUAUACUUUAUAUAUUUAUACAUACAUACAUACAUACAUACAUACAUUCAUACAUAUAUAUAUAUAAUUAUCAUAUAUGCAUAAUAUUAAUAUAUUAUAUAUAAUAAUAAAGCCUACUGGGAAUUUAAAUGUAUAUAAUCAUUUUAUUUUAUUAAUCAUUAAAUUAAAUAUCAGACACUAUAAGUUAGUUGUGCCCAAUAGCUAAAUUGAAUAUUUAAUUUAUAGGAUAAUGUUAAAUUGGAAAUUUUAAUUCUUAAUUAAACCCAGCACUCGUGAAGCACCAGUGCUUCCAUAACACUCAUGAUAAGCUUUAUGAUUGUCAUUCAAUAAUAACUGGCUAAACCAACUCUUAUCAUUCUUUUGUGUAGCAUAUUAUGUGUCCAGAACUAUAAAUAUUUUAACCUUGUUCAAUGGCUCAUACAUUUCCUUAUACUUAUAUGAUUACCUUAUUAACAAUACAUUUGAACGUAUUGACAUUUCAUGACCAAUAAAAACACCUUCUUUUAUUUUCAACAUAUAUUACCAUAAACUACCGUACCUCAUGUUUGUUGUGGUUUGUCCAGGCGGAUUUGACAGAAACGAUGGCAUCUACUAUUUGCAGUUUAAAAUCAAGUUUAAUGAAAGCGCACAGCUGACAUCAUGGCCUGGUGCCUCUGUAUCAACCAUCAGGCUUUUUCUUGGCAAGUCAUAG